GAAGCGAGGGCGGGCCGCUAGUAAUUAUUAAGUUUAGUUGAAAUUCAUCCUAAGGUUACCGUCAGGCCAGUCAUAUGCUUCAUUAUUUACCGUAAUUACAAGAUAAUAAAAAUAAAAUUUUGUUUUUCUUUGUUUUAAUUUAAGAUAAUAAAUACAAUAAUCUAGAAAUGAAAGUUAAUUACGUAAGUUGCCUCUCAUCUAAGAUAUUUUGUAAAUUCAUUAAAUCUCUAAAAAUUAACAUGGACAUAAUUAAAAAAACACAAAGGUUAAAAAGGACGGACCGUGCGUGUGUGGGCGUUGAUAAUAUUCAUUUUAGCUAAAAUUCAUCAAGUACGUUACUUUAAAUUAAAAACUUUGAGUAACAAUCUGAUGAGCUUCUAAGAAAUAUAAUAUAAAAUGCCUACUUACAAUCAUUAGCUCGUGUCUUUACUUGGUACUAGCAAAACAGAAUUGGAUGGUACUUGUUGAACAGGUAGAAGUAUCGCAUUAUUAUUACCAUUACUGGGAGUGGGAUUCGAAACCACAGGGCUUCCAUUUAGAGGAACAAUAGUAAACAAAUUAUUUUGAUUCGGCUGUUGUCCGUUUGUGACCAUUAAAGGUUGAUUUGGUUGUUGGGAUACCAUGGUAGACUGGUAGCCGGUUGGUUGAACAGAAGCACUUGAUAGUUGUUGGUUUAAGCCUUGUGGCUGAAUGAGAUUUCUUUGUGGCUGAAUGUAAACACUCGGUUGCUGAUUGUAAUUGUUCUGUGGAAUAUUGUAGCCGUUUUGUUGCGGCGUGUUGUAUUCGUUUACUUGCUGUAUAUUGUUGUUAGGUUGCUGGUUAUACCCAUUUGGUUGUGGGUUGUAUCUGUUUGGUUGCUGGUUAUACGGUAUUUGUUGAUUGUAAUCAUUAGGCUGGUAGUUUAAACCAUUUUGGCUAAUAGGUUGUUGGUUGUAAUUAUUGGGCUGUGAACUGUAGACAUUUAGUUGUUGGUUGUUAUUUGGCUGUUGAUUAUUGCCAUAAGGUAGUGAGUUGCCCAUUUGUUGAUUGCCACCUGGUUGGUAGUUGUAUCCGUUUAGUUGUUGGUUGUAACCAUUUGGUGGUUGGUUGUUUUGAUUGAUGUAACUAUUUGGUUGUUGGUUGUUUUGAUUGUUGUAACUAUUUGGUGGUUGGUUGUUUUGGUUGUUUUGAUUGUUGUAACUAUUUGGUGGUUGGUUGUUUUGGUUGUUGUAACCAUUUGGUGGUUGGUUGUAACUGCUUAUUGGUUGAUUGUAAACAUUUGGUGGUUGGUUGUAUCCAUUUGGUGCUUGGUUGUAACCAUUUUGUGCUUGGUUGUACCCAUUUGGUACUUGGUUAUAACCAUUUGGUGGUUGGUUGAACACAUUUGGUGGUUGGUUGAAACCAUUUGGUGGUUGGUUGUAAUCGUUUAGCGGUUGGUUGUAACUAUUUGGUGGAGAGUUGUUACUAUUUGACUGCUGCUGGUAGACGUUUGGUAACUGGUUAUAAUUAUUUAGUUGUUGAUUAAAUCCAUUUGGUUGUACAUAUGCUGUGUUUGAUUGUUGAUUGUCUCGAUAUGGCUGAAGACUAUUUUGUUGCGAGUUCAGAAGAAUUUGUUGAGAACCUGGUUGUUGAGGAGGUGAUCCAUUUGGUUGGGUAUUAGAGGGCUGUUGUGGGACAAGUAGAAUUGCUUGCUGUGUACCAUAUGACAGUUGCUGGUCUGAAAGAGGUUGGUUAACUGUAGAUUGUUGUACAACUAUUGGUGCCAAUUGUUCUGCUUGCUGAUUUUGCGCAGCAAUUGGAGUGUUUCCUGUAACAAUCUGCUGAGCGUUCUGUGGAAAACUAGGUUCGUUGUUGAUGUCCGGCGUUAUUAUAUCUGAAUGCUUUUUUACAUUUUCAUCUUGCGCAGCGUUUUCUUUGUUUUUCUUAGAAUUCACUUGUAAGGUGUUUAAAGUAUCUGCUGGUAUGAAUACGCCAGACACGAAAGAUUCAUUUGGAUUCGGUUUUUUCGCUGGUACUUCGCUUGUGGAUGCAGCAAGAGUGAUUGUGAUGGCCACUGCAUACACGGCAAACUGUAGAUAACAGUAUAAAUUGAUGAAAGUUGUAGUAAAGAGGAAGAAAAGUACCUAAGUAUUUCUUAAAAACAAAAUACAAAACCCAAGGUAAAACUAAAUAAAGACAGAGACAGUAAGUGAAGAGGUGGACGUAGACAUAUUGUAGGUUCUUCUCCUGGAGAGUCCGAAGUCGAAAACACUUAAUUCUGAAGUCCCUAGCAUUGCUGCAGUUUUAGUAACGUAAUUAUAUUUUGUGGAAAUAAAGUUAACUUACUCAGAUACAAGAUUCUAGGCGUAGAUCAGUAAUAUUCUUUUUAAUUUAGUAUCACUCUUAAACUGUCUACCAUUUACUUUAUGUAAGUUCAAAGUAAAAAAAAAUACUUACCAAAGAUUUGAUGUCCAUCUCGAUAAGUCAGUUAUGAACUGAUGUAAAUAGAUUAUUAAAAUUAAAUUUAUACCAUUAAUAAAUCGUUAAUUGUUGCUAAUAGAUUAUUCAAUUCAUUUUUCCAACUGUACACUUGGAUGACGAAUAGAACAUUAAUAGUAUAAGUUGCCGAUUAGGAAAACCGUUUUGUGGUCAUUAAAUCGGUAGGUUUUUUUUAAAUUAUUUAAUUAAUUAUUGUAUUCCACAUUUAUGAUGCCGUAACGAGCAGCGUAAUUUUCGUUGUUGUUUUACAUUUUCAUUUAUUUUGAUAAUUUGAAAAUUGAAACGGUGUAUUAUCUUUAUUAAUACCAUACGGAAUCUUUUCCCUAAAGACAGACUCUUCCCCAUCUCUUUAACUGUUCGGAAAAGGAAUAAAAAAUAAUUUAAGAGUGAUAUUUGCUUCAUACCUUGCUCAUACCUAAUAAAUAAGCGAGGCAUCAUCGUAGCUUAGGAGUUUAGGUAAAUCUUAUCUUUCCUAUACAUAAUAGGUAAAUAUUAUAUUUCUAUUAAUAGGCUACUGAUAACAGAAAGAAAUUACUCAAUAAUAAAAUAAUUAUUCUUAUGUUUUCAUUGUGAAAUUUUGUUUUAUCCAUAUGUGCGAAUCGCUCAACGAUAAUUUCAUAGAUAGUAAGCAAUGAUAAUAGGUAUCUCAUACUAUAUUAACAAGGCUAUGUUGAAUCACAAUGUACUGCUAUUGAUUGAUACAAUUAGGACUGGACACACAUACUCGUACUUAUCUUACUUCAGUGUUUAUAAGCCAGUGUUGUGGAAACAUUAACAGAAUAAAAUGAUGCUGAUCCUAAUCUGGUUGAUAGUGCUAGUGGUAGCAUUUGCCCUGUACUUAAAGGAGAACUAUUCGAAGUUCAAAAGAAAGGGCGUUAAGGGCCCCAAACCGAUUCCUCUAUUGGGAACCGGAAUAGGUGUAUUCUUUGGCAAGGAGCACAUGACUGAUUAUAUGGUUCGAAUGUACCAGACAUAUCCGAAUGAAAGAUUUUUCGGGCAAUUCGAACUGACGAGACCGGUAGUCGUGGUCAGAGAUAUCGAUUUGAUCAAGCAAGUCACCACUAAAGACUUCGAGUACUUCCUCGACCAUAGAUCUAUGGUGGAGGCAGAUAUCGAUCCUCUGUUUGGAAGAAAUCUUAUUACAUUGAAGGGUCAAGAGUGGAAGGAUAUGCGGUCAACACUGAGCCCAGCUUUCACCAGUUCUAAGAUAAAAUUGAUGGUGCCAUUCAUGAUGGAAGUGGGAAACCAGAUGACCGAGUCACUGAAAAAAAAGAUAAAAGAAUCAAACUUAAACUACAUAGACGUGGACAGUAAGGAUCUGACUACCCGGUACGCUAAUGACGUCAUCGCCUCCUGCGCAUUCGGCUUGAAGGUCGACUCGAUGAUGGACGAAGACAACGAGUUCUACAAAAUGGGAAAGUUCGUCACUAACUUCACCACUCUGAUGCUGGUCAAGGUGUUAUUUUUCAUUUACACACCAGCAAUUAUGAGGAUUCUAAAAAUUAAAUUCUUACCGGAAAAUACGUCGAAUUUCUUCAAAGGUCUCAUUCUAAAGACAAUGAAGGAUAGAGAAAAGAAUAAUAUAAUCAGACCGGACAUGAUCCACUUGUUGAUGCAAUCUAAGAAAGGAAAAUUAGCACACGAGGAAAAUGCAUGUACAGACAAGGAUACAGGAUUUGCUACUGUCGAAGAAUGUAAUGUUGGAAUGAAGAUGGAUCAAAAAGAUUGGUCGGAUGACGAUUUGGUGGCACAAGCACUUCUUUUCUUCCUCGGCGGAUUCGACACCGUGUCCACGGCGAUGACGUUCUCAUUGCACGAGCUGGCUCUCAGCCCCGAAGUUCAGGACAAGUUGCUGGCUGAGAUCAGGGAGAACGAACAAAAGAAUAACGGCAAAUUCGACUUCAACUCUAUACAGAAGAUGGUAUACAUGGAUAUGGUUGUGUCGGAGGUUCUGAGGUUAUGGCCUCCUGCCCCUGUUCUGGACAGAAUAUGCACAAAAGAUUAUAAUAUUGGAAAAGCGAAUGACGAAGCAACACAAGACUACAUUGUGCGUAAAGGCGAAUCGGUGUCGUUGGCUGUUUGGGCUAUCCACAGAGAUGCCAAUUUCUUCCCAAAUCCAUUGAAAUUCGAUCCUGAACGGUUCUCAGAAGAAAAUAAACAUAACAUUCGACCGUUUUCGUACAUGCCAUUCGGCCUUGGUCCGAGGAAUUGUAUCGCUUCCAGGUUCGCGUUGUGUGAGCUGAAAGUGAUGCUGUACCAAUUACUGCAACAUUUCGAGAUAUCCCCCUGCGAGAAGACUUGCAUCCCGAGCCAAUUGGAGGCUGGAAAAUUUAACCUCUCCCUUAAAGGAGGACACUGGAUCCGCAUUAAGAUUAGGGAGUAGGACUCUUUUUAGACCGUGUCAAAAGUUUUGGGAACGAAAGAAAACAAGGAAUUACACACUGUAAAUGUUUGACAUUUUCAGAAAAUUGUAUAUCCAUCUAUGCUUUUCAUUACAAGUAUCUGAGUGGCAUUUUAAAAGGCGUUUAAAGCAGUCGCGGAUCAGUAAAUAGUUCGGUGAUUAUCACUUUGAUCUGUCAAAAACCGUAAGCAAGUAGCCCUACUGACCAUAUACAACUUAGUGAGCGGGAUUCGUAGAGCCUCUAAUUGUUCAAUUGAACUAUCAAAUUCAUAUAGAUUUGAUUAAAUUCUAAGGCAAUGAUAAUUUAGAGGAAAGUAAGAGCGGUUUAGUUUACAUUCGUUUUUAAAUUGUUUGAAACGCACUUUCAGCACCUGGGUAAAGAAACAUGCUGUCAAUAUUAUAGCUAUUAACGAAAUUGUUAAAAUGUACUUUGAUUUUUAUGAGUCUCCAAUAUUUCGGCACUGUUGUAAGCGCUAUGAUCAUGGAGUAACUGAAGUAAUAAUCCCGUUAAUAGCUAUAAUGUUCGUGACCAUGUAAUGAAAGUUUAAAACAAUAUACAGGAGGAAUAGGUGAUCAAAACAAUAAGGACAUUGUUCGUUCCCUAUACAUUGAAUACCCCAGAAGGCACAGCAAUGACAAAAUGCUAGUUGUGUUCGGAAUCAUUCAUAAACUCUCAUUAGGCAUUUGUUAAAAUACGUACAACUUGAGGAACCGUGGCCUACUACCUUAGAUUAAAGCAAAAAGUAUUUUAAUCUAAGCCGAUGAGUUGAUGAAUUGAUGAUCUGAAUUGAUUUAUAGUUUACCUCUAUGUAAGCACUGAAAUAAAAUGAAUUAAAUAAACAUAAAAUGCAAUUAAUAAUAAAAAUAAUAAAUGCUUAUAUUCAAUAUUGAUUUAUGACUGUUGGCAGUUGGCACCAUUGAUACCUAUACCUACCUGUUAAAUAAUAGAUUUAUUUUCAAAUGAAAUGUUCAAAGGCUUUCCAUUUACCUGUUUUUAUAUUUUAUUAUUGGUAAUAUAAAUACUAGUGAUAAAUAUUAUUAGUAUUAUUAAUUAAGGAGGGUAGGUACGUAGUUCUAUUCUUAUGUUGAUAAAUACCUAUGGUCGCGUAUAUUGCAUUUACGAGUAUUAAAGCUAUCUAUUCAAAAUGGAAUAGAAUUGAAUUAAAAUAAAAUAAUUUUUAUGUUAAAUCAUUUUUUGAACCUCAAAAAGGCUCUACAGAUGACCUGACAGCAAAUUGUCUAGUACCUAGUUACAUAACUUUUAAUUUUUAUUUUUUUACAACAGAAUGUCCGUUUACUAUGAUUAAUUGCUAAUAAAGUAAAAUAACAAUAGAUAAAUAAUAGUGUAGGACAUUCGUUUGUGUAUGCUGGGGCCGAUUUCGUCGAUGUCCUUUGUAAACAAAUAAGUGUUCAUAGAGCUGAAGUUGUAUUCCUAAAAUUGAUCAAGGAUGUAACGUUAACUUCAUCGUGUCGUGUCCUGCUUUAAGAAAUAAGAUAUUCUGUAAUUAGAGUAGGAUGGACGAUGGUGAAAAUUACUAUAUAUCAUAAACGAACUUUCUAAGUAUCCACAGGCUCUGAUUAGGAAGUUUCAUUCCAAAUCUGAACUCCAAUCAUACCCAAAGAUUGUACUGAAAGCAUGCUCAGCCACAUGGAAACGUAAAUAUAAUAAAGUUUGUCGCUUAAAGUGCGUAACACUGUUGCAUGCUGUCUACCGUUAAAAUAUGUGUGACCUGAUAAUAAUCAAACACCAUUUAUACCAUAUUUUUAUGCAAUAAAUUAUUAUUAUUAUAACCAAAAUUUAACAAUUACAGUGCGAUUAAGAUCUUGUACGACAAAAAUAGUCCAAAAAAAAAGUU